AUGCGUCCUCUGCCACCAGCACCGGACCUACCCGACUUAGCCGAAGUCCUUUAUAAAGCCACCGUUGAAGGUGUUAAGCAGGGUAUCGCCUGGAUAAAGAAGGAUAAGGAAGAAGAAGAGAGCCGCUUAAAGAUUAAAUGUGAACGAGAUCAAUCACCGGAAAGUCUGUUCGUUACGCAGGACACGAAUGCUCAGACGGACACUCAUGUCGCCGUAACCACACUCUCCUCUGGUCCCUUUGCAGGCUUACGUUCAGCGAAGAAGCGUGUUCGUGAGCAUGCCAGCCUAGAGCAAGAAUCCAAGGAUAGCUUUGGCCCAGCAAGGAAGGUAGUCAAGAAAGCUGCUGUCCGUGAGAAUGUCGACUCAGAUGAAGGGUCAAAGGCUAGCUUCGGUCCAGCAAAGAAGGUAGUCAAACAGGGUGGUGUCCUCAAGAACGUUCAAACGAUCAACUCGCGCACUACGGACCAGGGUCCGGAAUGGUACGAUAGCGUCGAUCCAAAGCAAACCUACUCGCGCGGAGACAUGCAGAAUUUGAAGUAUCUGUAUACGCUUGUCAACAACGCGAAGAAAGACGCAGCGGACGGCAAAGACAUGACGCAAAGUCUUGGGAGAAUCCGACAGCGACUUCAGCAGAUGGAGUUCUACACCUCUCUUUCCCCAAUCCUCGUCAAAAAGUCGGGCCUGCUAGACGACGGAGGCCUGCACCUGAUCUUUGAAAAUCGUGUUCAAGGUGUCUAUUUUCCUCAUGACAUUCGCGCGGACGCGGACAUCCUCUUUCGAAAAUGGAUGGGUGGACAGAUUGACCCUCAUCUGUUUCGAGGCAUCGUGACAAAGACUGGGACAGCGAAAGAAGAGAGAGGCUUCAAAUCCCACAGUAUUGACCCGAAUUUCGCGGGGAAGAUCUCAAGCAAUUACGUCGGAACUGGAAAUCUGGUCAACGGGCAGUGGUGGCCUUUGCAGCUGUGUGCUAAGCGCGAUGGUGCGCACGGAGAGAGGGAAGCGGGCAUACAUGGCCAGAAGGGGAAGGGGGCUUACUCGGUUGUCGUCAGUGGUGGUGGAUACGCCAAUGUGGACAACGGCGAUUCGAUCAAAUACUGCGGUACGCAAGGCACCGAAGACUCGCCAUCGGCAGGAACGAACUUGAUGCUCAAAGCACACGAGAAUCAGCAAUCGCUUCGUGUACUCAGAUCAGCCUCACUGCCGGCCAGUAACCCAUACCGUCCUGCCCGCGGCAUCCGCUACGAUGGCCUAUACCGCAUCAUCAGCUACGAGGUUCUAGACCAACAGACGGCUAUGUACCGCUUUUCUCUGUCGCGUAUUGGGGGACAGGAUCCGAUCCGGAACAGUGGUGAGGGUAUCGUCCCAUCAAAUGCACAGAUUCUUGAGCUCAACAAGAUUCGUGAGCAGAUAGAUUGA